AUGAUCACCUUCCAGGUCGAAUCGUUCAAGAUCCAGACAAGGAAGUGUAGUAGUGGUGACACGUUUUGUUCUCACUCGAGCCUUCUUGCACCGAACCCACACUUUUUCCCUCAACAUGAAGUCGUUCGGGGAUCCUGCCCUCAUUUCCUCGUCCUAAUCCCCUCCUGGCGUACAACGUGGACGCUGUUUUACAAGUCUCUCGCACAGGCCGAUCCCUCCAUACAGCGCGGACGGAUCAAGGUCUUAUAUCAAGCGUGUAGCGUGCCAACGACAAGUUCGCCUGUGUGGUCUACCUACCUUUUGGAUCAAUACCUCGUUACCAUCGACGCCUACAGCAAGUACGACAACGUCCUGGCAUUCAAUUCAACGUCGGAAACGGGUUCAUCAACAGCUCAUCCAACACACCAACGUCGCUCCUUUCGUAAAAGCAGCUUCUUGAGACCUCAAGCUCAAGGCCUAGCUGUAAUCCAUUCCGUUCUUUUCCUUCGCGUCCCUCUCACAUUCUCCCCCAUCAGCACCGCCAAAAAGUCCAAUUUUCUCAUCGGCUACGCAGCCAUCGACGGCGCGGACAACUUCCCAGACUGGGUAAUUCCUCAAACACCAACUCUGGGUCAACCGGGAUCGACCGGGAUCGACCUCUGUAACCUCAACAACUACGAGUGGUGCGGCAAUUCCACCUUCGCAGGCUCCUACCCCGACACCAAAAACAACUUCGCCGGGUACAACGUCGCAGCCUACUUUUCUGAGUAUGGCUGUGUCCCUCCCCGGUGCCCGCCCCUGGUUAGAAGUGGGCGCCCUUUUCUCAUCCAACGUGUCUCCCGUCUGGUAUGGGGCAUCGCCUUCUCCUAUUUUUCCAGCAGCCAGCGCAGGAGGUCAAUUCGGCAUAAUCACAUUGUCAUCUGA